AUGAAUUGGUCUUUGAUCAUUCUCGGUUUGGUUGCGUUAUCAAGCGUAGCCAUUGCUGAAAAUUCGUAUCUUAUUAUCGCACCUAAACUUCUCAAAGUUGGGUUCGACAAUCAACUUUCCGUUUUUAUUGCUGCGGCUUCACAACCAGUUGAAGUCAAGUAUGAAUUAAUUAUCGGACAACAACGCGUCAGCGGUUCAACCACAGUCAAAGCCGGUGAAACACGUAAUGCCACCAUUACCCUUCCAAUGGAAUUUCCAGUUGGUGCUGCUGAAUUAAUCUUCACAGCAACUGGCGGUAUUCGUUUCGAAGAUAAACGUGACGUUAUUGUCUAUGACAACCGUUAUGUUCUUCUCGUUCAAACAUCAUCAUCCAGCUAUCGCCCAGGUGAUGAUAUGGAAAUGCGCCUCAUUGCUACCAAUGAAGAACUUCUUCCACUUGAAAACUCAGCUGCUGAAAUUGAAAUCUACGAUGCUAACCUCAAACUUGUUGGUGAAUUUCCAAUUGUCCCAAUUCGUUCUGGCAUUUCAGACACAAUUAUCUUUCCAAUUGGUGAACACUGCAAUGUUGGUACAUGGCUCGUUUCAGCUACUAUUGGCAAUACCACAUCAUCUGUUGAAGUAAUGGUCACCCGUCCAAUGACUCCAUCAUUUGAUCUUAAAGGUAUCUUCCAACGAUUCUUUCUCCGUACAGACAAAUUCCUUCGUGGUGUUAUUGAAAUCGACAACGACGAAAACGAACCAAUCUUCGGUCGUGGUUUAAUUGCCGUCGGUGCAAUCACUGAAGAAGAUGUUCAAAACAUGAUGAAAGAACAAGCUGAAAAAGCAGAAGAAGCUCGUCGCAAUCCAACACAAAAACCUAAACCAGAACCAGUUGCUGAAGAAUGGCGCAAAUGGAAAUCCCAAACCAUGGACAUUGCUGGCCGUAUUGAAAUCAACUACGAUCUUAUGACAUUAUUCAACGUUGAUAUCACAAAAGUCAUUGCUGUUCAAGUUUACGUUCAAGUCACCGAUCUUGAAUCAGGCCAAGAACGUUUCAUUCAACAUGUCAUUCCAGUGUUUUCACGUGAUGUUGUUUAUGACAUUCGUCCACUUGAAUUCGAAGCUGGAUUCGAAAACGAAUUCGAACUUGUUGCCAAACGCCCAGAUGGUAAACCAGCCAAAAUGGAAGAUGUCAUUGUCACACUCACAAUGAUGAUUGGUAAUGAACAAGGCAAAAUCCAAGAUCAAAAAAUGGUCGAAAUCAAAGAUUUCUACACACGUGGUCGCAAUGAUAUUGCUUUCUUCAAUGUUGAAAUCCCAGAAAACUGCAUUGGUCUUCUCAUGACAAUUACACCAUUGAGUGAAGAUGGUAAAGUACGUGGCUAUCGUACACAUGCUAUUCCACUUAUGCCAAAACCACGACGUGGUGUUAGCGGUGGUAAAUUGACAAUUGAACUUUUACCAGCAAUGACAGCUCCAGUUUCAACUGAUGCUUCAGUUAUCAGCUCGCAAAUCUCAACUGUUGGUCGUACAACAAACUUCUACAUUCAAUUAGUUCCAGCUAAGACAAUGAAGAAAUUUGAACCAUUACCAAUGUCCUUCGUCAUUUUAACCAAUGGUCGUAUCACACGCACUGGUCAAUUUUGGAUCAAGCCAACAAAAGAAUGCGGAUCAAUGAAACGUGCUAUCAAAACAGAAGAACCAUCAGCUCCAAUUUGUGUCUUCAACGGUACAUUACCAGUCGAAGUUACACGUGAUAUGGUUCCAUACUCAACUUUACUUGUCUAUACCUUCCAACCAACAUUCGGUUUCAAUGUUGCUGAAACAUACCGAUUCUCAGUUGCCGGUCUCUUCCAAAGUACAUUAACAUUGAAUGCUACAAUUGUUCCAUAUUCAUUCACAAACGCAAUGGUCGGUAACAACAAAGAUGAAUCAGUCGAAGAUUUCAGUUCAUCAGAAGAUGUUGAUCUUACCUCGGUUCCACUCUCCAAACUUGCUCAAGACAAAAAACGUAUCGAACUUUCAUUCACCGGUACACCAGACUCAACUGUUGGCCUCAAUGUUAUGGAAUACGAUGCCGUUAUUCAAGGUUUAUCAACUCGAAUGACCAAAGAACGUGUUCUCCAAUAUUUAACAUCAUACGAACAAGUACCUAUUCUCGGUAUGCCAGUCAUGACACCAACAGGACAAAGCGGAAUGAACAAACGUCAAGAUGGUACACAUGAUGAUGAGGAUGAAGAAAACGAUCAACAUACACGAGCUGUCUUAAGCGAAGAAGGUGAAGAACGCAAGAUGAUUCAAGAACAAAUGGGAUACAAAGUUCGUUAUCCAGUCGAAUGCAUGAUCUUCGGUGACUGCUCAUCCCGUCAAACAAAGACAGUCGAAGGUGAUGAUGCUUACACAACAUCAAACAUGGGACAAUUAUAUGGUGAUGUUCAAUCUCGAGGACCACAAUCACACUAUCGCCGCCGUGCUAUGAAAUCAAGCCAAUUCGAUGCUAUUGUUGAUGACAACGCCUACGUUGUUGCUACAAGCACUCCACUUGUCUUCAAACCAACUCCAGGCGCUACACCCAUGCGACCAGAAGAAGAACGACAAGAUAAAGACGAUGUUGAACUCGAACAAGGACAAUCACGUCAACACGGUACUCCAUCAUGGUACGAAAAAAUGCACAGCAAAUUGACACCAAUCACACAAGAAGCAUUCACCUUCAUGCAAUCAGGUUUAACAGUUGUUUCUGACUUCUCUGCAUUAAACCUUCCAGCUGAAAUGCGACGAACAAACUUAACCAAAUUAUUCUCACAAAUGCGUCAACGAUCAUUUAUUGAUACUCAAUCAUUCAGCGUUCGCGAUGAAGCUCGUCAAUUACUUGAAGAAUACCUCGCUGCAUCUGACUUGACCAUGAUUCCACCACCAGCUAUGCUCGAAGAACAAUCCCGCACUGGUUAUUACCGUUCAAUCUUCUUCAACACAAGCCGUAUUGAAGCUCAAGGUACAGGCAAAGUUGUUCUUCCACGAACCAAACCAUAUUCAACAUGGAUUGCUACUGGAUUCGCUCUUAACGCUAAGAAAGGUUUAGCUGUUGCUCAACCAGUUCGUCUUCCAACCAACCAAGGUCUCUACAUUCUCGGCAGCUUCCCAGAUCAAGUUCAAAUCGGUGAACGUGUUCUUUUGACAUACGGUGUCAACAACUACCUCGGCAAAGAUUUAACCAAAGUCGUCGUUCGUCUCCGUUCAUCAAGUGACUUCGAAAUCAUCGAAAUGAACCCAUCUGAACGUAGUACAUCAAGCAACAGCAAAGAUUACACAAUGACCAUUCCAACACUCCCAGCCCUCGGAUCACUCACACGUCAUAUCGUUCUUGUACCAAAACGCGCUGGCGUUGUCAAGAUCGUCCUUGAAGUUGAAUCAGAAUUCGGUGGUGAUUAUGAAGUUUUAACAAGCUACGUACGUGAAUCAGGUAUUGAACGUCAAGAAAUCAUUGCUCGCGUUUUCGACUUAACCAAUGGCAAGGAAUCAUCUGGUAAAAUUGUUGAAAAAAUGACCCCAUCACCAUUCCUUCGAUCAAUUCGAUUCUCAGUCUCAGGCACUGGUCUCGAUCGUCUCGUUGAACGAUACACAUCUGAAACCAACUCAUUGAUGGGUAUUGACAUUGCUCUCAUUCGUCUCUGGCGUUUAACUGGUCUUGCUCGUUACCUCAACGAAACAGCACAAUUACAAACACCACUUGCCAUGCAAGUCGCUGGAAAUAUCUCAGCCGCCUAUCAAAAACUCCAACUCUACAACGCUUAUGAUGGUUCAUUCUCGUUCAUUUCUGACCAAGGUGAACAAAUCUCAUCACUCUACUUGUCAACAUUCGCUUUCGGUGCUAUCAUGUCACCAUUCAUGACAGUCCGUGACAAUGUUACACUCAACCGUACAUUAUCAUACAUCUUAUCACGCCAACAACAAGAUGGUUCAUUCGAUGAUGAAGGUUCAUGUUUACACUACCGAUUCUGCUCAGGUGAAUUCCGUCGUGAAUCAUUAACAGCUCUUGUUUUAUAUUCAAUGACAUACAACAACAUCUCCGAAUACGCACCUGAAUUCAUCCGCCGUCAAUUGUACAUGGGUGAACAAAGUCCAGUCGCACGUGCUCAACGUUACUUAGAAUCACGUUUCGAUGCCGUCAAAUCAUCAAUGUUAACUACAACAUUAAUGCAAUUGGCUCUUAUUCAAUGCUCAACCAUGCCAGAAGACAAACGAAUGAAAAUCUUCGAAAAUGUUCGUGUUCGUGCUUUGACAACUGUGCCUGGCGAUGAAUCACGAUUCUUCAAAUAUACUGAAGAAAACAUGUUACCAGAAGAUGAAGUCUUAAUCAACGCUAUGAUCCUCUCAAUGUACAGUUCAUUCGGUGACAUCAAAACAACAUCAGAUAUGGCUCGUUGGAUUGUUGAUCAAAUCGACAAACACCCACAAUACGACACAGUUUUAGAUGCCGUCUUCCACACUGAAGCUUGGCUCCGAACUGACUGUCUCUUCCGUCGACGAUUCUCACCAGAAAAAUUCGCCAUCACCGUCGAUGUUUCAACUGACAAAGGACAAAAAUAUCAAUUCAAGAUUGACUCGAAGAACAUGGACAUCACACAAAAACUUCGUUUCACAUUACCAGUCAGCGAAAUCACCUACACAGUCAGUGGCUUCGGUGUUGCCGGUGUUCUCAUUCGUCAAGUUUAUGUUGAAAAACAACAACAACCAAUGAACCCACCAGCUCCAUUCCAACUCAAGAAUGAAUUUAUGCCAAUGCCAUGGCUCAGUGAAAUCACCACCCACACAUGUUUCACCUAUACACCAUCAGUAAAAGACAAACAAUUAGCCAAAGAUACAUUCAACCGCACAAUCGUCGUUGAAGUUCAACUCCCAACAGGUAAAUUUCGAAGACAAAUUGAUCUCUUAUCUAAUCGUGAUAUUCGUUUUUUUUCCUCAUUAGGAACACGUGUCAACCUUCGUCAAAUUGGAUUCUUCUUAAGCCGAGUUCCAGAAAUGAUGUACUUCACAUUUGAUACACGCGUCAACAAAUUCAACUUCUUCCUUACCGUUCCAUCAACCAUGUACGGUAAAGAAAUCUGUUUUGACUGGUGUCUCGAACGUUUAUCAUUCAUUGAUCAAUGGGCACCAAUUCGCAUCCGCGUCUACGAUUAUCUUCAACCUGAACAACAAUUAAUUCGUCUUAUGCCCGUCGAAUUUCAACCUAAACUCCUCGGAUACUCAUAUGUUGAAGCUAUUCACAAGGCUCGACCAACCCUCGAACAAUUAGCUAAAAUGCAACAAUCGGCACAUCCACCACCACCACCACGUCCAUCACCACCCCGUGUUUAA